GGGAAGUGAGGCUUCCAGGCUGAUGGAGGCGGUGUGUUACUCGGCUGUCCUGAAAUCUAGGAAAGUCGUUUUCGCUUCACUUUCCCUGGCUUUCGAGCGCUUCCCCCCUGGCGGGUGGGAGUGCAGAGACUGAAGCGCAAGAUGAGCACCAUGUUCGCAGACACACUGCUCAUCGUGUUUAUCUCCGUGUGCACGGCUCUGCUCGCCGAGGGUAUAACCUGGGUCCUGGUUUACAGGACAGACAAGUACAAGAGACUGAAGGCAGAAGUGGAAAAACAGAGUAAAAAAUUGGAAAAGAAGAAGGAAACAAUAACGGAGUCAGCUGGUCGACAACAAAAAAAGAAAAUCGAGCGGCAAGAAGAGAAACUGAAGAAUAAUAACAGGGAUCUAUCAAUGGUUCGAAUGAAAUCCAUGUUUGCAAUUGGCUUUUGUUUUACUGCCCUAAUGGGAAUGUUUAAUUCUAUAUUUGAUGGUAGAGUGGUGGCAAAGCUCCCUUUCACCCCCCUUUCCUACAUCCAAGGACUGUCUCAUCGAAAUCUGCUGGGGGAUGAUACCACAGACUGUUCCUUCAUCUUCCUGUAUAUUCUCUGUACCAUGUCAAUUCGACAGAACAUCCAGAAGAUCCUUGGCCUUGCCCCUUCACGAGCCGCCACCAAGCAGGCAGGUGGAUUUCUUGGCCCUCCACCUCCUUCUGGGAAGUUCUCUUGAAUUUAAGAAGAACCCUAUAAUUCCUGUCAUUCUUUUUAGACACUCAAAUCAGACCGGCAACUAUUUUGUAGCAAGAGCCAUAGGCAGCCUUAGCACUUGGGCCACUUUCUAAUUUUGAGUUAUUUCUAGGUUUUUUGGAUAUGAUUCGAAUGAGAAUGGCACUCAAGAAGCAUGAUAGUGCUUUUGGUCACAGAUUAAUUUUUUUUAAACAAGUGUUUUGAUUAGAUAAGCACAGGUGAUGGAUGUUUAUGUAAUGAGAAACGAAUUCUUAUUUUGCUUACCCAAAUAUUUCUGUGGGAUCAACUUUCAAGUAUGUGCUGUGUGCCAUGUACCAUGGAAGUUGGCUCUCUAUGAGCAUUUAGAGAUCUGGAAGAAAAAUUUAGUUUAUGUAACUCUUAUUUGGAACUAUUUGUUGUGUGUUUUUUUCAACCCAAAUAUAUGACCUGAGAUCAAUAAAAGAGGCCAAAAUUUUAGCUAUUUCAUCUACAA